CUCUGAGAGGUGAAUAUAUCACAUGAAAGUUUUCAUACAGGUUGUAUAAUCAUAUAAAACACAGAAGGUGUAGCGUUUGUAUUUUUCAGUUACCUGUCCAGCUUGAAUGCCAGAAUGAAUUUCACCAGCAGCUAUGAAAUGAGUGCCAAUGGCAGAUAUACUGCUGAAGCCAUCAAUGACACCACUACUGAGGACUACGACUAUGACGAAAACUACUCUGGCAUUUGUGUGUAUGAAAAGCAUGGGGCCCAUUUUCUUCCUCCUCUCUACUCCAUCUUCUUCCUCCUGGGCCUUUUUGGUAACUCCCUAGUGAUCUGGGUCAUUGCUUGUGGACUCCGGCUGCGCAGCAUGACCGAUGUGUGCCUGUUCAACUUGGCCAUUGCUGACCUGCUCUUGGUGUUUACCCUUCCCUUUUUGGCCCACGAGGCCCGAGACAAGUGGAUUUUUGGAGACGCCAUGUGUAAGAUAGUCCUGGGUGUUUAUCACAUCGUCUUGUACAGUGGGAUUUUUUUCAUCUGUCUGAUGAGCAUCGAUCGCUACCUGGCUAUAGUUCAUGCCGUCUAUGCUCUCAAAGCACGGACUCGGUCCUUUGGUGUGAUAGCAGCUGCUGUUACAUGGUUGGCUGGAUUUUUGGCCUCUUUCUCUGACCUGAUCUUCCUCAAACAGAAGACCAGCCCCAGCAUGUCUCAGUUCUGCUUCCCAGACAUUCCUUCAAGUUGGAAUUUUCUCGGUCCUCACAGCUGGAGAAUUUUUGGCCUUGUUAAAAUGAACAUUUUGGGUCUGUUCAUCCCAAUGUUCAUUUUGGGUUUCUGCUACACUCACAUCAUUUUGAGGCUGCUGUCCAGCCGCUCAUCCAAGAAACAGGCCAUUCGUUUAGUUCUCAUGGUGGUGGCUGUUUUCUUCUGCUGUUGGGUUCCCUACAACAUCACAUCGUUCUUCAAAGCUCUGGAGUAUUUGGGGGUCUAUGCAUCAUGCGAAAACAGCAACGCCAUCCGACUGGCUCUGCAAGUCACCGAAGCCAUCGCUUACUCCCACAGCUGCCUCAAUCCGUUCCUGUAUGUGUUUGUCGGGGAGAAGUUCAGGAGACAUCUGCUGAGGCUGAUACACAGAGCUCCAUGCAGCCUGUGUCAGGUGAUCAAGAUGUGCAUACCUCAAGACAGACGGGGUACUUCAGUGUACUCGCUAACUACCAGUAUGGAAGAAAGGAGCACUGGUGUGUAAAUGGGACUAUGGAAGAGGUGAUUAUGAGUUCUCUUCUUUCUUAAAUCUGUUUUUGGUGAUUUUGUUGAACAUCAGAACAUUUGGUGUCAAGUAAAAAUAGCUAAUCCCAAGUUUUUGUUGGUUUUGGGUCAGUGAUAGGAAUGUACAGUAAACAGCUCUGUCCCCCAGAAUUCUUCUGUUUUGUUACUUAAAUGACUCAAAUCAGCUGACCAACUCUAAAGUCAGACAAAAAUGAGCAGAGAAAAUACAAAAGGUCUCUGUCAGUGUGCCCCAGAGCAGCUGUGGCAACUGUUGCUCAUCUCCAUCAGUGUGUGAAUGGAUGAAUGAUGGUGUAAAGCACUCUGGAGUCCUCUGAUUCAGAAAAGUGUUGUAGAAGUGCAGCCAUAACCUUCCUGUUACUAUUCUUGUGUUUUCUAAGAAAGUUGCGCAAAAUGUGACUUUUUGAAACCUUUUAGCCUUCUUCCUGUUGUCAGACUGGUUCUGUUGAAGGAAUUUCUUAAUUCUACAUGUCUGGCAUGAAUCAGGUCGUGGUGUGGUUUGUAAAACUGAACUUGGCGUUUAAAUCAAGUAGUUAGUCCCUGUUAAUUCCUGGAUUAACUAGAGGGGAGCUGAGGGAGAGAAAACAGCCAAUUGUAUUUACUCUUGUCAUCUUUCUGAUUAAGUGCAAUCUGUUAGCUGACUGAAACAUUUAAGUGAACCUUUUUUCACCAAUAUAAGUCGAUGUUCAGAGUCAUUAUGUUAAAAGACUGUCUUGCAUACAUUUCUAUUGUAUAUCUUGUUUAUACCAUAAAAACGUAAUAAUAAUAGUAAUCGUGGCUAAGCAGGCAUGUUUGUUUAAGCUAAAUUGUGAGUUAACUUAAACUGUAGCUCAGCUGCAAGAGUCCCAUAGUGAGCUGCUUUGCAUGUUUCAUGUUGUUGCACAGCUUAAAGUCCCUGAAGCAGGCUGCAGCUUUAGUGUAGAAAGGUUUGCUGUAGCAGCCUGUGCACCUCAACCUUGGAAGAAAAAACAAACCAAAGCCACAGAGGAAAGAGGAAAUAUGCAACUGAGCAGCCAAUUUAACCUUUCCAGUGUCUACAAACAUCAGAGCAAUCUGCUGUCAGCCUAUUUCAUUGUUCGUGGAUUCUACUCAUCAACCAACAACGUACUAUUAUUAUUAUUAUGCUGACAGAAUAAUGAUGCAUUUCAGUUGCUUUUUUUUAAAGGACCAGCCUGCAGCUUCUGCAUUAGGGUUCAUUCUUUGAAUGUACAUCAGGUUUUUGACUGUAGAUAAAAAUCAGGCAGAAACUGCAGCCUCUUUUGUUAACAAAUCCCAACAAUGUGCAUCACUAGAUGAUAUCAUUCACACAUUUAUUUAAACUCCACCAUUGCAGAGAGGUGAGGUGUGUCAUAGUUGAGAAGAAACGGUACAUGCUGCGCAACCACAGCCUCCCCCUUAUAUUCCUGCAUUUCCUGCCUGCUACAGACAAUUGAAGACAAAACGUCGACACUUGAAAACUUCACUUGAUUUUCCACAGGUGGCUUGUAACAAAAAAUACAGAGUGAACCCUGCAUGAACCCAGUUUAAAAUAAAAGUUUCACGUUUAUUAUGAAUUUAAUUAUUUGCAUUGUUUUGGUUAUGCAUUAUUGUAAAAUAUUUGAAAGUAAAUUGUAUUUUAUGUUUAAACUGAAUGGAUAAAACACACAUUUUUGCUGUUUCAUCAUCCUCUCUAUUCUUUGCCAUCCACAUGGUUGUUUUAUUUUCUGAAUAAGUUAGAAGGCACCAUGUCACUUGUGGGUAAACCAAAUUCAUGCACAAAUGUGUAUCAUUCUUAGCAGUCACAGAAGAGAGAAAGGAAAUGUUGCUCAUAAACAGAAGUACUCGUGAAUAUGUGCCCAAAAAAAUAAGGUCAAGAGACUUUCAUUGAGGCUUUAAAUGAGCCAUGAUGAGCACAGCGAGGUGUUUGAACUGUAAUCCAGAAAGAAGUGACAUCAGGCCGGCAAUUCGUGAGAAAGAUCUUUUUUUUUCACACUUUUCAUCCCAAACAUGUUCAUAACUUUAUCAAAUCAAAGACAAAGUUUGAUGAUCUAAGCACGGUGACUUUAAAUACCUUGGAUGAUUUCAUUGAAUGUAGCAUUGAAAACUGUAAAAAAUAAACCCAUAAGCAAUAUUAGUUAAUGCAUCAUUAUUCAGCCAUGUUGAAAGUGGAGGACACAGUCCUUAAGAUUUAAGGGGAUUUAAUAAAAAAUAAUGACACCUUUUAUAAAUGAUGAAUAAAAUAUUAUUUAUUUAUACACAUCAAAACUACAUUUGCCAGCCGCUUAGGGUUUAGCAUCCAAAAAUGCAUUUAGAUCACCCGAGGGUUUGGUAAACAAAACAGUUCCUGUGGUUUAGCAUCUGGGUGAUGGUUCACACGUUGACUGACACUAUGUUUGGUAGCAAUUUACACAAGACUUGUUAGACACAGAAAGUUCUGCAAAAACAAACAGGAACAAAUCAAGAAGUGGUUCUAAGAUGAUCAAUGCUUUGUUUCUCGUGAUGUUCUGGGUGCAUUUUUGAAGGUUUUAGCUCCAGAAAAAGGAAAAGGUUUAGUCAGAUCUGAUCUAGUGGUUGUGAUAACGUCAACUUCUACCACGUGAACACCCAGAUGUUAAAGGACCACCGCACUAUCACUUCCAAAUCUGAUAAAAAAAAGAAACUUUCAUUUAACACAGUGAGAACAUCAAUAUUGUAUUCCUAGACUCAGAUGAGAUUGUUGCAAAGGGCUAUUGUGCACUGGCAAAGGUCUUCCACCCCCUUAAUGUACCCGAGGGUGAUAAAGGUUAGUGAGUGAGAUUAGAAACGGGUUGGGUUCUGGAGGCCACAAUUACCAAUGUACCAUCAUGUAACUCAGCAGUGGAGCUAAAUAACAGAAUCGUGAUAUUAGGGUUGUGAUUCAUGUUUAGUAUAUGAUGGAUAAAUAUCAUAAACUUUAGUUGGUUAUAAAUUAAGUUAAUGAACUCACUUAUUUUGUGUCAGAAUUUCAUGUGCAAAUGUCACUUUUUUGAAUUGUUACACACUUAAGGAUUUAAAUGAUUGCUUUUUAUAAAAUUUCAAUGCAAUUCCUUCUAACUGGGAGAAAGUGAGACUCUCCCUUGUCAGAUUCAGAUUUUUUAUGCCUAUUGAAAGAAAUGGUAGCAGGGCUGCCAACGCUCGCGCAAUGAGCGUGAGUUUGACCGUCUUCACACACUUCACAAAUGCCACAACCCCAAUUUCUCCCACUGAAAACAGGUCCUCUACUUGAGCUAAACAUUGCCAACCUAAGUACACAACGCCAAAAAUUAGGGGAAUUGACACCCUCCAGUUGCAAAAAGCUAGAACUACACUCCGAUUGUGUUACAGUUUUUCUCAGUUGCUAAAACACAAAAGCCAAUCCUCUAAACCAAUAUGACCAGUUGUCUAAACACAUUUACUAAAUCUAGCCAUCAUUUUCCAACAUCAUAAACACAUUUCACAUGAAGACACAAAACACAAUCCUCAGUUCUCAUAAAUCUAAACACAUUUUUCCUUGCUAAAACACAAGUUGCAAAAGAACUUUGCUCAUAUUCUCAAAUGAAAGCUCAUGUGAUGCCAAAUGCUUGCCACAGUCAGCACUAACUAAACACAAUGAACACACCUGUCGUCAUUCAUUACACACAACGACUCAAAAUUGAAGACACUUGUUGCUAAUUCUGUGACCACAUGUCCUCACCUUCCUAGAGGAGCUAAAAGACAUCCUCCUGGGCCACCAACAACACCAUCCUGGGCCCGCACAUCCUGGGCCCGCACAUCACAUUUAUGUGAUCAUUUGGGACAAUGUCCGCUUCCACAGAACAAACCAAAUGAGAGAGUGGCUCACCACCAACAGAAACCACUUUUUAAACGUCUGUCUGCCACCCUACUCCCCUUUCCUGAACCCUAUAGAGGAGUUCUUCUCAUCGUGGAGAUGGAAGGUUUAUGACAGACAACCAUACACUAGAGAGAACCUCCUAAGGGCAAUGGAGCUGGCCUGUGGUGACAUCCCAGUGGAGGCCUUACAAGGAUGGAUUCGUCAUUCCAGGGUGUUUACCGGCAGUGCCUGGCAAGAGACAAUAUAGCCUGUAAUGUGGAUGAGAUGAUGUGGCCCGAUGCAGCUCAGCGACAUGAUGCCGCACUGUGUGUGUGUGUGUGUGUGUGUGUGUGUGUGUGUGUGUGUGUGUGUUGUGAAUAAAGUAAAUAAAAAAUUUCACACCCUGCUCAUGAUUUCAAGAGUACUGUUGUGUGCAAUAGAUUCUGUUUUUGCAUUGAGUUGUGUUACAGUAUUGUACAUGCAGAAUUUUCUAUAGAUUUAUACUCUUCAUAUGAAACUUACAAAUCUAAAUGCCUAAUCCUCUGCAGAGAUCUAAAAUCCGUAACUGUAAAGUUUCUAAAAAUGGGCAAAUUGACAGUUAUGAAAAAAAGAACCUUCUCACAAAUUGAGCAUUGUGUUUUCAAUUGUUUUGCUGUAGUGUGUAAUGAUGUGUAUAGUGUUUACAUUUUUGAAAGCUUUGAGCUGCUCUUUGGGUGUGAAAGUUUGAGUUUUGAAGUGAGAAGGUGUGGUUGUGUUAAUGUAGUUUUAGAAAAGGGUGUUGUGUUUAGACAUUGGGGAACAUGGAGGAAACGUUUAUGAAAUGUGUUUUAGCAUUUGAGAAAAACUGUAAAGUACUUUAUAGACAAUAUUUUACCCUCCCUACCUCGGUGAAGCUGCAAAAAUCCUGAUUUUCCCUUUUUAUUAACAUUAAUAUUAAGAAGGAUCAAGAUUAAGAUUUUGACACAUCGUCAAAACCUUUUUAACCUUUUUGGCACCUGCGAAACUGAUACAACAAGAUAGUUUCCUGCAGAACAAAGCUGAUAUUGUUACAACUCCUGAAGAGUUAUUCCUGAGACGCAAACUAGUUCCAAC